GGCUGUGUUUUCCAGCCUAUCAAUGUACAGUUAACAUUAUGAGUUCUGCCCUCUUGCCGCAGCGACCGAAGCAAAGGACAAAUUCCGGAAUACGAGUGGAUGUUCCAUAUAAACGUCUGUCGGCGCUGCGCACACCUCUCACAUGAAGACACGCCGCGGUGCUCGCACGUCCUCUGCAGUUUCAUUUGAGCUGAAACGAAGCUAGCUAGCUGGGAGAAAAAGAGGACUCGAACGAGACAGCAGAGAGGAGAGAAGAGAACUGCGGGCCCUCUGGCGUUCGAAUCCUUUAAGACUCGCCCCACCGCUGGGUCCUCGUCGUGGUUUUGUCUUAUCUGCUACGUGUGCAUCCUCGCGGAGGACGACAUCCACGGGAAGAGACGGGACAGCAACCCGCGUUUGCUCCUCUGCCGCAGCCCGGGGGUGUGCUGCCUGGCGGAGCAUGCUAAAUAAUGAGCCAAAGGGACACACUGGUUCAUUUGUUCGCUGGGGGAUGCGGGGGUACGGUGGGGGCUAUUUUGACGUGUCCUCUGGAAGUGGUGAAGACCAGACUGCAGUCAUCUUCCGUCACUCUUUACAUCUCUGAAGUCCAGCUCAGCACUGUAAAUGGAGCCAGUGUGGCCCGUGUCGCUCCACCCGGACCUCUGCACUGUCUCAAGUUAAUCUUCGAGAGGGAGGGAUUGCGGUCACUCUUUAGAGGACUUGGACCCAACCUUGUGGGUGUGGCACCUUCCAGAGCAAUCUACUUUGCUGCCUAUUCAACAGCCAAGGAGAAGCUGAAUGGCGUGCUGGAGGCAGACUCCACCCAGGUGCACAUGGUGUCUGCUGGCAUGGCAGGGUUCACCGCCAUCACAGCCACUAAUCCCAUAUGGCUGAUAAAGACUCGCAUGCAGCUGGACUCCAGGAACCGGGGUGAGCGCCGCUUGAACGCGUUUGAGUGUGUUCGGCGAGUGUACCAGAUGGAGGGCUUGCGAGGUUUUUACAAGGGCAUGUCUGCGUCGUACGCCGGCAUCUCUGAGACGGUCAUCCAUUUUGUCAUCUACGAGAGCAUCAAACGUAAGCUGCUGCAGUCGAGGGCCCAAACAAGCAUGGAGAGCGAGGAGGAGUCAGUUAAAGACGCUUCAGACUUUGUCGGGAUGAUGCUUGCUGCUGCCACUUCCAAGACCUGUGCAACCACCAUCGCAUACCCCCAUGAGGUGAUCCGCACACGGCUACGAGAAGAGGGCAGCAAGUACCGCUCCUUUUUCCAAACUCUACUGACAGUACCAAAAGAGGAAGGAUACCGUGCGCUAUACCGGGGCCUCACUACGCACCUGGUGAGACAGAUCCCCAACACGGCCAUCAUGAUGUGCACCUAUGAAGUGGUGGUCUACCUGUUGGGCCGUUAGGCUCGUCUCUCUCCACUGUGGCCUUUGGCGAGGACAAAAUGAAGACCAAAGGAAGAAGCUGAGGUGGACCAGCAAAAAGUACAAACACAACAAUAUGAAAAAGCAAGAAGGAAGCCCUUUGUUACCAUAGCGACCUCUAGUUCCCAUCGUUAGCUUCCCUGAAGAGAUAAGAUGCUGAACGUCGCAGAGGAGGUGAUAUGCUUUGGAUUAGAGACGUGUUCCUGGCAAAACGUUGCCAGUUGAACAUAAGAAAAAGAUAAUAGACAGUUCAGUGGCCUUAAGUUCCUUGCUGUGAGUGAUGAGUGACUUGCUGCUUUUCAUUCAUGUGGAGAACGUUUGGAAAGGGGAAAGCUGGAGAACGACUGCAUUUGACAGGAAGGAUGAUAACAAAGUAUAGUUCUAAUUUGACAUUUAAAACGAUUAAAUUCAAAUUGGCGCUAUUUGCACUUGUUGAGUUGAGUUGACUCUCAAAAGAGUUUAGGAAUGUUUGUCCAAGAUAGAAUGUCAGAGGGAGGUUUUCUUUUGGGAUGUCCCUCAUUCACCCUUUUCUUUACACUUCUUCUUUACACUUCAUUCUAAGCCAUUCCCCCUCUGUGUUGGAACCCCCACAGAAGGCAAAAUGAAGCAGCUGGAGGUGGCCUGUCACUUAAACACAGGAUCGUCUGAAAGAUUAGAGGCAGAAUCUGUGUUGGUUUUGUCUGAAACUGACACGUUUCGGAAGCAGAUGUCAUUUGUGUCUUUGGGCAGAACAAAAAUAAGAUCAAGUGUUUGACGAGAUAAGAUUUGAACGCCUCUGUCGAAGUAUCAACAUGAAGUAAAAGGUCACCACUUGAGUAUAAUUGUGGGAGAAUUCUUCAUCAUCCCAUAUUUGUUUGUGUUGAUGUUUCUAUCAUUUUACCAUGCAUGUAUAAUAAACUACAAAAAGGUUUCCCCUCCCCAACACUAACAUUUAAUUGCGCAAGACGCUGCGGCCGGGAAUGUGGAAAGAACUCCUGUGUACGAUCCACAGGCGCCAUUCCUGCUGCCGUGCAAGUUCUUCCCUGGUUAGGCUUUUACUGCCUGGAUGAUAACAUGCACUUUUGUGGCCUUUUUUCAGGCUUGUGCUUUGCAUUUUAUGGUGUGGACAGUUUAUGUAUAUUGUAAAAGAAGAAGAAAAAGGUAUAUUAAAAAAGUAUUUUGCGCUACUGUUCUUAUAGCAAAGUUAUUGUACAGAGUUCUCAGUAGUUUUGAGUCGUGUCCUGUGUGUGUGUGUGUGUGUAUAUAUAUAUAUAUAGUUAUAUAUAAUAUGGAUACUGUAUAUGCAUAUCAUUGUUUUUCUGUCUUUACAUUUUAUUUUCAUUUUUGUGCAAUUGAACCUGUGUCUGACUGAGCUUAUUGUUGUAAUACUUCACGCUGCAGGACAAAUGCUUUACUUCUUAUACUGUAUAUGUCCCUGAGCUUCAGCGGAUCAUUUUUUUUCCGUUGCAGUUUGAAUGUUGUCAUUGUGCUGUUUACAGUAUUUUGGAACUAUACUGUCUUAUGAUUUUCCAUCAUAUUUGCAAGUGUUAUAAUGGGAGUGUUCAGAAUGUUGUAUAACUCAAUUGAGGUAAUGAACCGGAAAUGCUCCCAUUAGGGUAUUAUUAGAAAGUAGACAUGCAUGUUUUAGUUAAAUACGCCCUCUGAAAAUCAGUUUUCUUAAAAAAAAAAACUUAGAAAAACUGCAGAAACACAUUUAUGCAUACUGUUCUUUUGAACACAUAUUUUUUCAUUUCUUGCAGUAUUAUUAUUACAGGGGAAAGCCAAGGCAUGUGCUGUCACUGGGAAUUGUUAUUGAUUUCCUCUUGCUACUGACACAAUAGUUGCAGUCUUUAAAUAAACAAAGCAAAUUAAUUAUUAUCUUUUCCUGUAACACACCAAUAGCUUUUAAGUCCUGUGUUCGCUUGUAGUUUAUAGUUAAGGUCAAUUCACCAAAACUGUGACAUGUACAAACAACUGGGUGGACACUGAUUUCUUUUAGCACUCAAUGUUUGCAAUUGAGUGACUGGAUGUAUGUAUGAACAGUAUGCUGCAAAUCUAUGUUUUUGACAGCUCAAUCACUGUUUUUUUUUAUUUGUUAUGAAAAACAGAAAUAAAUAAAACGAUUGUAACCUCAAAAAUGAAA